AUGCUGGGAGAGAGAUUUUCUCUUUCGCUCUUGCUUUCGCCCUUGCCCACUGAUGCGGCUGCUACGGUCUUUCAACUAGCUUCUUGCAUUCCUGCCAGUCUGGCCGCGCCGGUGCUUCGAGAGCUUGCUGUGAAGAACUAUGGUCUGCAGCUCUCCACGCAGAACGCAGACAAUGUCAUCUGGAAGCUUGAGCAUUACUUGCCAGCGGUUUUCAACACACCGUCAGUCUCUGCCAGCUUGCCACCGCUCCUGAAAAGCUUUCAGAGCCUGGCACCUUCUGCAACUUUGGUGGAAGUACACAACCGCAGGCAGACGUGUCCGUUCUGCCCAGACACGCCCCAACUUAAGGCCCGAGAAUGCGUGUCCCAGGCCGUGGUCCCCAACAAUCUUCCGCGGCACAAGUCUCUGCAUGAACAUCGUUUUCGUGUGUAUUCGUUGGAUGCUGGUGUGCAGUACGCAUCCUUUCAGGAAGCCAGCUGCCCAUCUUGCAACCGCUUUUACAUCAAUAAUUGGUGUUUUCGCAAGGGACAAGCACGCUUUGGGCAUAUAGCCGACGCGCAGUACCUCUACAAGGAUGCUUUGUCCACAGGUCUCUUCGUCAUACCAAAGUACCGUUCUUACUUCGCAGUCGAGCUGACACUGUUGCAACAUGUUUCGGACACCCUGCAUUUUGCUGCGGGGUCUUUGCGUUCUGCGGUUUUGCUUUGGGCCAAGCGGCACUCAGAGCAUUUUCAGCACAGCUUGAUAUUCGGAGAGGAUUUUACUUUGUUGCCGCACGUCGAAGACGACAUCCUCAUGGCGUGGUACACGUGGAAUGCAGUCAGGCUUUCCGGUAUCCUGCCGAGACAGUUGACCUGGAACUUUCAAUCUGGGUUUGACGAGUCUUUGCAAUCACACGUGCCACUUAUACAUCAGCUCCACAUGGAUCGUGUGGCAGAACACAUGAAACUGUGUCCCCACUGCAGCAAUAGUCCGCUGCUCGUCCUCGACGGCAAGCACGGUGCUCGGCGCAUGAUUUGCGCCGGCCUGCAAGGCACACAACAGUAUGCUUCCUUGGGCGUCACCUUCGACACUGGUUGCACCAACUUCGCGCCACCGGGGCAGUUGCACUGUAAGAGAUGUCGUCAGCAAACUGACGUCCAGCAAUCGCUUCUGAAAGACUUCGAGAAGCGUUUGUUGGUCAAAAGGACAGAUCAUCGGAAUUUGCGGAGCCGGCCGAUGCAAGUCAAGGGACCAAGACGUACUGCCAAAUGGUUGAAACCUCGGUAUGAGUGUGCAAAAGCGAAGGCCAAACCUCAGAAAACCACUUUCCGAUGUCCUGUCGACAAGGAAUAUUCAGAGCCGUCCAAACGCCGCAAGACGACAGGGGGGAUUUUGACCUGUGUCACAAGCUGUGGCUACAUGGCAGACUUUGUCGAAAUGUGGCGAGGUGAACAGCUUGAGCUCGUCUACGCCUUCUCCUUGAGCUUUCUGAAAGACAUGACUCAGCGUGGUGUCGUCGUCCGAUGCUUGGCUUACGACAAUGCUUGCCAUCUGCUGCAAAAGGCGCGAGAGAACAGACACGUGGCAGGCGACAUCAGUCGAAGUUUCGCUUCUGAUCUCGCCAUUGUCUUGGACAACUUUCAUCGCGACAAUCACAAGUGGUGCUUGCAGCACCUGCCUGAGGUUGAUCCCAAGCAUCCAGACAAUACAGGUUUGCUCGCAGGCAAAAACACGCAAGCAUGUGAGCAGCUGAACUCUUGGAUCACGCACCGCACCAAAUCCAGUUUGGACAUGCCCCCUGGCCGCUUUCAAGUCUUUUGGUGGACGAUCCUCCUCGAGCACAAUGCUUGGAUUCAAGAAGAAGCGGCCGCCGCCCGCCGACGCGCCGCACGACGCGCAAAGGACCCAAGCAGCCCCUCGGUUCCUGGAACACUGGAGCUGUGA